CCGCGGAUCCCGGCCGCUGUUCGGGCGCGCGCAGCUAGCGGGCGCGACUAUGCCAAGAUGGUCUUGCAGGCGCGGAGCAAGCACCGGGACGCGGCUCCCAGGCCGCCCCGGUCGGCCCGCUCGUCGCCGCCGCCACUGAGUGGGGCAUCCGAUGUGGGCGCUGGGGAGCUGGGGCCAGAGCGCUCGCCGCCGUCGCCGGGGCGCAGGGGCACCGCGAGCAGGAAGGGGCCCCGCGCAGAGACCGCCGCGCCCGCCCCGGACGGCCUCGCGGGCCGCCUGGCGGCCGGGCUGCACUGGGCGCUGGGCCUGCGGCUCGGGCGCGGCCGGACCUGGAGCACGCUGCUGCUAGCUUUCUUUGCAGCGCUACUGCACUGGAGCCACAUAACGCACCUCUUUGAAAACGACCGGCAUUUUUCUCACCUCUCAACGCUGGAAAGGGAGAUGGCGUUCCGCACUGAAAUGGGGCUGUAUUAUUCUUACUUCAAGACUAUUGUGGAAGCACCCUCGUUUUUGAAUGGAGUAUGGAUGAUAAUGAAUGACAAGCUGACUGAAUACCCCCUUGUUAUUAACACAUUACAAAGGUUCAAUCUUUACCCUGAGGUGAUCUUAGCCAGCUGGUACCGGAUUUAUACCAAAAUAAUGGAUUUGAUUGGUAUUCAAACCAAGAUAUGCUGGACAGUUACCCGAGGAGAAGGCCUCAGUCCGAUUGAGAGCUGUGAGGGAUUGGGAGAUCCAGCUUGCUUUUAUGUUGCUGUAAUUUUUAUGUUAAAUGGACUAAUGAUGGCGUUAUUCUUCAUAUAUGGCACAUAUUUAAGUGGCAGCAGGCUGGGAGGUGUGGUCACAGUGAUGUGCUUCUUUUUCAAUCAUGGAGAGUGUACCCGCGUGAUGUGGACGCCGCCUCUCCGAGAGAGCUUCUCAUACCCGUUCCUUGUACUUCAGAUGUUGCUUGUGACUCAUAUUCUCAGGGCUACAAAACUUUACAGAGGGAGUUUGAUUGCACUCUGCAUUUCCAAUGUAUUCUUCAUGCUUCCUUGGCAGUUUGCCCAAUUCGUGCUUCUUACUCAGAUUGCAUCAUUAUUUGCAGUGUAUGUCGUGGGAUACAUUGAUACAUAUAAAUUACAGAAGAUCAUUUAUAUGCACAUGAUUUCUCUUGUACUUUGUUUUGUGUUGAUGUUUGGGAACUCGAUGUUACUAACAUCUUACUAUGCAUCCUCUUUGGUAAUUAUUUGGGGCAUGCUGGCAAUGAAAGCACAGUUCCUGAGGAUGAACGUAUCUGAACUCGGCUUAUGGGUUAUCCAAGGGUGUUGUUGGUUAUUUGGAACUGUUAUACUCAAGUGUCUGACCUCCAGGAUCUUUGGCAUUGCGGAUGAUGCUCAUAUUGGCAACUUAUUAACAUCAAAAUUCUUCAGUUACAAGGAUUUUGAUACUUUGCUAUAUACUUGUGCAGCAGAGUUUGACUUCAUGGAGAAAGAGACUCCACUGAGAUACACGAAGACACUGCUGCUUCCAGUUGUUCUCGUCAUCGUCGCUGCCAUUGUUAGAAAGAUUAUUAAUGAUUUACGGGGUGUCAUAGCUCAACAACAGACUCAUACAAGAAAACAACAAUUUGAUCAUGGAGAGUUGGUUUACCAUGCUCUGCAGCUAUUAGCAUACACAGCCCUUGGUGUUCUGAUCAUGAGACUGAAGCUCUUCCUCACACCACACAUGUGUGUUAUGGCAUCCUUGAUCUGCUCCAGACAGCUGUUUGGAUGGCUCUUUGGCAAAGUGCAUCCUGGUGCUGUUGUCUUUGCUGUAUUAGCAGCAAUGUCUAUUCAAGGCUUUGCAAACCUACAAACCCAGUGGAACAUUGUAGGGGAGUUCAGCAAUUUACCACAAGAGGAGCUCAUAGAGUGGAUCAGAUACAGCACAAAACCAGAUGCAGUGUUUGCAGGUGCCAUGCCCACCAUGGCAAGUGUGAAGCUGUCUGCUCUCCGACCCGUUGUGAACCACCCACAUUAUGAAGAUGCAGGUCUAAGAGCCAGAACAAAAAUAGUAUAUUCAAUGUAUAGCCGAAAAGCGCCUGAGGAUGUAAAGAAGGAGCUGAUGAAAUUAAAAGUGAAUUACUACAUUCUGGAAGAGUCAUGGUGCAUCAGGAGAUCCAAGCCUGGGUGCAGCAUGCCUGAAAUCUGGGAUGUGGAGGAUCCGGACAACGCUGGGAAAACACCCCUGUGCAACAUCUUGGUGAAGGAUUCCAAGCCUCACUUUACCACGGUGUUCCAGAACAGUGUUUACAAAGUCCUAGAAGUUAUCAGACAGUGACUGCAUGUGCAUCUGCCAGAGACUGCAUCAGCAGAUUAACCUCAGUGUGGAUUGUCCUUGAGACCUGAACCCUCAGGGAUGGCUUCCGGUGCCCACUUCUGGCAGCCAUGGAAAAGCUGUUCUCUUUCUGCCUUCUUCCCAGAGCCCAAGGACAGGCUUGUCUGGGGGACAUUGGUCACCUGCAAAGACAGCACUUGCGACUGAGGAGUGUGGCCUCAGUAAGGCGCCAGCCUCACCAGCCAGGGUCUCCCUCUCUGACGCUGCCCGGGGACUGCCAUUCCUACUGUUGCAGACUGUGGCCAAGCUUCCUCAUCUGAUGCUUAGUUUUAUUUCAUAAGCUUUUACCAACUCAGAAAACAGGGGAGCAGCUGGAGGGCGUGGUUUAGGGAUGUUGAGUGAUGAUGUAAUAAUGCAGGGGAAUGUAAAGAAAAGGACAGGCAUGGGUGUGAGGGAUGCAUGCCCUGCCCUCCACACGGCUAUUCUGCAGCCCAACAUGGCUGCUGUGUGGAUACAGCAGUUAGGAUUUUUUUUAUCACCUUUUAAAAAUUAUUUUCUGUCCUUACCCUCUAACAAUUCCCUUCAUAAUAAGUUCACAUGUAAUGAUUGGAAAUUCUGUACAGAGAAACAAAACAUUAAAAUACUAUUAGAGCCAGUUCACAUGCUGGGAAACAUUAAAAGUAGUCUAAAUUAGUUUUUUUUGCAGAAACCUUUUGUAACAGUCUGUCUUAAUGUAACUCCACCAGCAAGCUCUGCUUGUAUUUUAGGCAAGUCAGCUUGGAACUGAGGCCUUGGGGGCCACUGCAUACUUAGCCUCCAGCACAUGGAGCAGCAGCCGGUACCCUGCGGCGGUGGAGGGGGCACCAUUUUUAUGGCAACAUGGAGUGGUAAUAGAUUGUAUGUAGCUGACAAUGCAGUAUUAAAGUGCAGUAUUUUGCAUAUUUUUAGCAUUUACAAAUAUUUUUGCUUUAGUGUGAGGAAAGGAAGGAAAGACAGAAAGCAACUGAAUAGUUAUUAUUGUGACAUAAAAAAAAAAAAGCUGGGUAAUCCGUCCAUUAAAAGAUAAACCUCUGAGAUGCCUGGCAGCGUGUGUGCUAUUGCAGUAGGCCAGCAGCACGAAUGAGAAAACAAAAGGAUGUGUCUGUAAUAAAGUGAUCCUACACAGGAGUGUUGUAUUUUUAUGAAUUUUAUGCCCCUUGUUUACAUGUACUAUGUUAAAUAAAAAAUCCAUGAAAAAUGUA